AAACAACUUGAAAACUGUUUAUUCAAAGAAUUUGUCCUACACCUGCUUUGAAUAGGGUUUAAAAGAAACACAGCCAUUUCUGUGUAAACAUUAACUGUAUAGCUGUCUCAGUCUACCAUAAAAAGUAUGUUUAUACAAGAUGUUACUUUAAAAUGAAGAAGCAGGAGGAGCGCUGGCUUUAAAAAGAAAGAUUUGUAUUUUGUUUAUUAUUCCUUUUGGUCACCAUGGGUUACAGGAUGGAAUGUGCAACGAGAUUCUAUGCUCCUGCUUGUUUUCUAGUUGGGCUGCUCAGGUGUGUUGGAGGAAUAUCUGUGCUUGGAUUCAAAUGUUUUACUUCUCUGUGUGAUUAGUGGUCCAGUCUGAGGAAGUGCUGUUAUCUGGUGCUUCAGCUCUAGUGACAAGACUCUUGACCUGCUGGAUCAGCUCCUUCCAGAUGCCCUUUGGCACAUGAGUACAUCAUUCUUCACGGAAAACAAAAAUCCCGGUUAAAUCUUGCAUUUAUUAACUUUUCACUCUGCCAAAAAAGCAGAGUUUUAUUUUCUGGAUGUUUACUUGUAUGCUGUAUACCAUACUGGCUUUGCUACAGGACAUCACAGGACAACCUAUUACUUCAGAAGACUAACUGAAUACACUGGAUAACGUGACUUGAAGAUGCCAACCCCUUGGCAAAAAUGCUGCAAUAAAAAGUCCAGAACUGAGAAUGCAAAAGCUGAAAUGGACAAUAUGGCAGAGACAAGUGAAAAAAUGCAGAUGAAAAAAGAAAUCACAUUACUAAAUGGAGUUUCUUUAAUUGUAGGGAACAUGAUUGGCUCUGGUAUAUUCGUAUCACCCCGAGGGGUUUUAAUGUAUAGUGCUUCCUAUGGACUCUCACUGAUCAUCUGGGCACUUGGUGGGAUUUUUUCCCUGUUUGGAGCUUUGUGUUACGUGGAACUGGGAACAUCCAUCAUAAAAUCUGGAGGCAGUUAUGCCUAUAUUCUGGAGGCAUUUGGGGCCUUUGUGGCCUUCAUCAGACUCUGGUCUUCCUUGCUAAUUAUCGAACCAACAACUCAGGCAGUGAUAGCAAUCACAUUUGCUAACUACAUUGUUCAGUCAAUUUUUCCCCACUGUGAGCCGCCGUAUGACGCAGUCAGGCUGAUUGCAGCUGCCUGUAUAUGUUCCUUAACAUUUAUUAACUGUGUUAAUGUAAAGUGGGGUACCCGUGUACAAGAUAUUUUCACAUAUGCCAAAGUCAUGGCUCUUAUCUUGGUGAUAUCUGUUGGCCUUUACAAAAUUGGCAAAGGGGAAACUGAAAACCUGAGAGCUCCGUUUGAGGGCUCAGCAACAAACCCAGGGAUGAUUGCCCUGGCUCUCUACUCUGCCCUCUUCUCCUACUCAGGAUGGGACACGCUCAACUAUGUCACCGAGGAAAUGCAGAAUCCUGAGAGGAACUUACCUCUUUCUAUUGCAAUUUCAAUGCCUAUUGUAGCUAUUAUUUACUUGUUGACUAAUAUAGCAUACUAUGUAGUGUUGGACAUGUCAGCUCUCCUCACAAGUGAUGCGGUGGCUGUGACAUUUGCAGGUGAAACCCUUAGUCAUGCCAAGUGGAUAAUUCCUAUAGCAGUGGCCAUGUCUUGCUAUAGCGGCUUAAACUCAUCAAUUAUUGCAGCAUCUCGGCUGUUCUAUGUUGGAGCCAGGGAAGGCCACCUCCCUGUCAGUCUGAGCUUGAUCCACGUGAAGUGCUUCACACCGGUGCCCGCUCUCCUGUUCAACGGCUUAAUGACUUUGCUUUAUCUCCUUGUGGAAGAUGUUUUCCUCCUUAUUAAUUACUACUGCUUCAACUACUGGCUCUUUGUGGGUCUAUCUAUUGCAGGACUAAUCUAUCUGAGAUAUACUCAGCCACAUAGACCACGACCUGUUAAACUUAGCCUCUUCUUCCCUAUAGUAUAUUGCUUGUGUUCCCUAUUCCUGAUUAUAGUGCCUCUCUACAGUGACACAAUCAAUUCCCUUAUUGGGGUUGGGAUUGCCCUCUCAGGCAUUCCUGCAUAUUAUUUGGGAGUCUAUCUGCCAGUUGAAAAACGACCUAAAUGUCUACUUUGGCUCUCUGCUACAACAACGAAGUAUGUUCAGAUGCUCUUCUACUGUGCUCUGUCAGACCUGGACAUAGAUGUGGAACCCACCGCAGCCAAGAGUAAAUAGAGUUGCCUCAACAUUGAGAAUUGUGCCUUGACAUCUCCUAUCUGGAACAAUUUUUAUCAUCUGAAGUUCUCCCCACAUGUUCAGUCAUACUAGAGUGCCAACCACUGUACUGUGCAUCAGUUUGAUGUCAGUUAAGUUGUGAUGGUUUUAUAAAACACUCUGUUUUCCAGGAUUUCUUUUUAAAAUUCUGUUUGUUAAUAUUGAGUUAUCAUGUAACAUGUUGAAACUAUAAAGCACUUUGUUGGAAAGGAUGAAAGUUUGACAAGAAAGUUUCACAGAUAUGUGUGCUUGGCGGAAAGCUCUUUGAAUGUAGAAUCUGAGAAUGAAAUAGAGAUGGAAAGCAAGUUUUGAUACAGAAGAACAAUAGAUGUCUAAAUUGACAACUGCUGAGCCAGUCGUUACUGGACAACUAACAAAGCAAAGGUUAAGUCGUGUUGGAAGGGUGUUUUAUGACUAGAGCAAAGGAUAUGUUGACCACAAACAAAAAGAUAUUUUUACCAAGCAGAAAUAGGUCUUAGGAAAAGCAGAAAGAUAGCACAGGCAAACAAGCAUGCCAAUGUGGCAAGUCGGAAAAACGUCUAAGAAUUUUUCGCUGCAAGAAAACUGAAAAACAACUUUAAGCUUAGACUGUAACAUAUUAACUCAUGUGAUUGGAUAGUAUUGACCAUAAUAUGGUAAUGAUAGUAGUUAUGAUAGGCUAUAGGUAAUAGUAAAGGUAUUAAUUGGUUAUGUAUUAGGAUGCUCAGCAAAGAAAAAUAUAUAAUGCAAUAUAACCAAAACUAAAGUGUCUUCAGUCUUGUCUAUAGCUGAAACUGACAGCUGUAGGCAUGGCUCUGUCACCCACAACCCAAGACUGCUUUAAAAUCUGGUGUACAAUAAACAGCAUUUUGAAGAGCCA